AGGGAGAGGUCAUAACAACGAGGACAGGAAGAAGAAAAAGGGAAGAAACUAAGAGAUGCGCUGAGAGGCCAGCAAUAUUUUUUGUGCCACUGGAUCUCCUGGACUACUUUUCCACCCUGCCGGACUCUUUCUGUGCAAGUAAACCUCUCAUAGCUGGACACCAAGCACCUGCCUCGCCUAUUUGUUUGCACCUGUGCAAACCUCUGCAGUUAAACCGAACGGAGUGCAUCAGUGCACACAGACAGAUGAUGGGAGCCCUUCACCUCUCUCUUGCGCUCUGCUUUAUCCUCUCACCUCCCGUACGAUGCCAGUGGUGGAGUUUGCUGUGGGCGAACCCUAGAACCACCUCUUCUCCUCCCUCCACUGCUACUUCUGUCACCUCCAUCACAUCCUCAGGCCCUACUGACUCCCUGCAGACAGGGACAGAGUGGAUGGGAGAGGACAGGGUGACGGAGGAAGCUGUGGAGGGCACAGAAGGGUCUGUGCUGGCUCCUACUACACCAGGCUCAGGAGUGUCAGUCCCUGGUUACAGUACUGUAGAACCUGACAUCAUACCUCCAGAGGACAAUACAGGUGGAGGCAGCAAAAGCAGGUCCCAGUACAAACCACUGAAACACUGGAAGAGUGAGCGAGGCUCAGGAAGUCAUCUCGACCUGACAGAGUUAAUUGGCGUACCCCUGCCUCCUUCAGUCUCCUUCACUCCUGGCUAUGAGGGUUUUCCAGCCUACAACUUCGGGCCUGAAGCCAACAUCGGCCGACUCACCAAAACCUUUGUGCCAGGGUCAUUCUACCGCGACUUUGCUAUCAUUGCCACGGUGCGUCCAGCUAACCAGAGAGGUGGUGUGCUCUUCGCCAUCACAGAUGCCCGUCAGAAGGUGGUGGAGCUGGGUUUGGCCCUCACUCCAGUUCGUGGAGGACUCCAGAGCAUCUUAUUGUACUACACUGACAAAGAGCAGGCCUCCCACAGCCACAAAGCUGCAGCCUUUAGUGUGCCAGAUAUGACUGACCAGUGGGCACGAUUUACAGUGGUGGUGGAGCAUGACGAGGUGCGUCUCUACAUGGACUGUGGAGAGGCUGAACGGACGACGUUCCAUCGGAGGCCAGAAAAGCUCAGCUUCUCACAGAACUCAGGCAUCUUUGUAGCCAAUGCAGGAAGCACGGGGCUGGACAAGUUUGUGGGUUCUAUUCAGCAGCUGGUCAUAAAAGAUGACCCCAGAGCAGCCGAGGAGCAGUGUGAAGACGACGAUCCUUAUGCCUCUGGUUACGCCAGUGGAGAUGAUGCUCUGGAUGACAGAGAGACAGAAGAAGACACCAUGAAGAUCACACAGGGGAGAAAACAGGGGGAGGACAGUGUUCCCGUUAGAGCUCCACCCACUGAGGUUCCAGAGGUGGAGCUUGAGGAAUAUUCUGGUCGCGUGACUCCAACGGUCGCCAAUGAAGAACUGCUAGUCAGAUUGCCACAGCGGACUGAAGAGCCAGGAGAGCGAUCCAGAGAUGCUCAUGUCAAGCCGGGGUUAAAAGGAGAACGUGGCGAUCCCGGACCACCUGGCCCACCCGGUCCCCCAGGCCCUACCCUUGCACCUGGGGAGGCUCAGCUCGGACCAUUUGGGCCACAGGGACCACCAGGAACCCCUGGAUCUCCUGGACAACCAGGGAGAGAUGGACAGAAGGGAAGCAAGGGUGAAAAGGGAGAUCCAGGUCAGAGAGGAUCUCAAGGAUUCCCAGGUUUGAAUGGAGAAGUUGGAGUUAAAGGAGAAAAGGGAGACCCAGGAGUUGGUUCACCAGGACCUCCUGGCCUCCCUGGACCUCCUGGACCCCCCAGAUCACGCAGUGUACCUUAUGGACCAGAUGCCCUAUUGGAGGACCUGGACAGUGAUACUGUACUCAUUAGGGGUCCUCCUGGUCCACCAGGGCCUCCAGGACCUCCUGGUCUCCCUGGACCCCACAUGUCAUCAUCUGACACCCCAGAAAGCCUCUCUCCAGGGUAUGAUGGACCGUCUGGUAUGCCAGGCAGAAACGGACCCCCAGGAGUACUUGGGCUACCAAUGUUUGAGGAUUGGUUUAGUGGUUCUGGACCUGAUGGUUCAGGUUUGAGCUCAGAAUUGUCCUCUGCCCUCAGCUCAGACCUCGGAUCUGGUUUCAGUUCUGGUUUCAGUUCUGACUCCAGCUCUGGUUCUGGUUCUGGGCUUGACUUCGGGUCCGCUUGGGGUUCAGGCGAGGGUCCAGCAGGAAGAGAUGGGACUCCUGGUCCACCUGGAGCUGUGGGAGAGAAGGGUGACCAAGGGCUACCUGGGCCACCUGGACCAAAGGGUGAAUGUGGGUCUGUGGGUGGAGAAGGAACUCCAGGGCCUCAAGGUCCUAUUGGUCCACCAGGAAAGAGAGGCCCAGCAGGUCGUCCAGGACCCCCUGGCCCACCUGGACCUCCAGGAACCAAAUUCUUUGCAGAGGAUAUGGAGGGAUCUGGAAAGAGCGACAUGCUGAUCGGAGCUGGUGUCAGAGGCCCACAGGGUCCACCUGGGCCUCAGGGACUACAGGGUGAGGAUGGAGCUCCAGGAGCACCAGGCCUCUCUGUCAAGGGUGAAGCAGGUGACCCAGGACCACGGGGUCUUCAGGGUCCUGCUGGACUACCGGGUGCUCGGGGGGCCAAAGGAGAAAAAGGCAGUCCAGGACCUCAGGGUGAUCGAGGCGCUGAUGGACUCAGCAUCCCAGGACCACCUGGGCCUCCUGGACCUCCUGGGCCUGGUGUUAAUCUACAGGAUCUGCUCAACGUUACAGAAGGUAUCUUCAACUUUACAGAGAUCAGAGGACCACCAGGGCUGAUGGGCCCUGAAGGUUUGCCUGGCAGAGCUGGAUUUCCAGGCCCCAGAGGACCUAAAGGAGACCUAGGACUCCCAGGUGUCCAGGGGCCAUCAGGGAUUAAGGGAGAAAAAGGAGAACCAGGAGUGACGAUUGCUGCUGACGGCUCUAUCUUAUCUGCACCAAGAGGCCCUCAGGGAUCUAAAGGACUGAAGGGAGAUCGUGGCUUCACAGGACCUGCUGGACUCAUGGGCCCAAUUGGACCUACUGGACAAAAAGGAGAAUAUGGUUUCCCUGGGCGCCCAGGGCGACCUGGUAUGCCUGGGAAGAAAGGUGACAGAGGAGAUGCUGUUGGCUUACCGGGACCUCCUGGUCCUCCUGGUCCACCUGGACCCUCAGGAAGAAUUCUGGGUCUGAAUGGAACAGUGUUCCCGGUGCGCCCCAGACCGCACUGCAAAAAGGGACGAGAGUCAAUGACCAGGGGAGAUUCAUUCGGGCCUAAAGGAGACAAGGGAGAUGAGGGAUUACCUGGUGAGCCGGGGACACCAGCGCCCAGGUUUCCAGAUGGAAUUGUGGGUGCUCGGGGUGAUCAGGGAUACAAAGGGCAGAAGGGAGAACAGGGUGACUCAGGCCUGCCUGGUCCUCCAGGACUUCCAGGGAGGUCAGGACUUGUGGGUCCUAAAGGUGAGUCCAUCGUCGGACCUCCAGGUCCUGUUGGUUCUCCUGGUGAGCCUGGAGCUGCUGGUUUUGGACGACCUGGACCCCGAGGCCCUCCCGGCCCUCCUGGGCCCCCAGGACCUCCACCUCCAUAUGGGUCAGUGGUCAGUGUCCCCGGCCCCCCUGGUCCUCCUGGUCUGCCAGGUUCACCAGGAUAUUCCAACCCGGUGACCACCUAUAAGACGAUCAGCGCUCUCAACAGAGAGGCUCACCGAGCUGCUGAGGGAACCUUAGCGUAUGUUUCUGAGAAAGGAGGAGAGCUGUACAUCAGAGCACGCAACGGCUGGCGCAAGAUCCAGCUCGGAGAGUUGAUCCAUCAAGGACCUUCUUCUUCAGAGGCAUCUCAGGCUCUCAGCAGACCUGGAGAUUGGGGUCGACCACACAGGAUCCACAGCCAGGAGCUGCAGGAGGGCAGUAGAGGUUAUCAGCCCAGCUACAACGUGCUGCCACAGACGUUCAACGCUGUACCUGGGCUCCACCUGGUAGCGCUGAACGCCCCACUAAAAGGCGACAUGCGUGGCAUCCGUGGGGCAGACUUCCAGUGCUACCAGCAGGCCCGAUCCAUGGGGCUCACAGCCACCUACAGGGCCUUCCUGUCCUCACACCUCCAGGAUCUGGCAACCAUUGUGAGGAAGGCGGACCGCAAUGACAUGCCUGUGGUUAAUCUGAGGGGUGAAGUGUUGUUCAGUAGCUGGAUGUCCAUCUUCUCUGGGAAUGGAGGCAUCUUUGACCCGUCUACACCCAUCUACUCCUUCGACGGACGCAACGUGAUGACUGACUCAGCGUGGCCAGAGAAGCUGGUGUGGCACGGCUCCAGCACCGUGGGCAUCCGUCUGACCACUAACUACUGCGAGGCGUGGAGGACGGCCGACAUGGCGGUGACGGGCCAGGCCGCCCUCCUGCAGACGGGCCGGCUGCUGGGUCAACACGUGCGCUCCUGCUCCAACCACUACAUCGUGCUGUGCAUAGAGAACACAUACGUGGGGAACUCGCAUCAAAGGAGGAACUGAGGAGGCAGAGAGAACACACAGGAACACACAUGCAGGCAUGAUGAACGUAGAAAAUGUGAUGCACGAAUGGGAAACACACGCAGGCACAUACACACACACUGACCACAUGUCACCGUUGGCGUAGACGGACGGCACUUCUGGUCAUACGUGCAGAUAAAAUACUCACACAUUAACACGCAGAGGCAGGAAAGACGAAUGCACACACAUUUAAGUUCCUUUAGUUGCGGUUUAAUCUACUGCCACAUAUCCGUCCAUGUCUAGUCUUAACUUACUUCCAGUCAUUAAACACAAUGAGCUUGUGGUUACAGAGAAAUAUGGGAUUUGUUGAUGGUAGAAGUGAUUAACUUAAAGCACCAUACCAGUGGUUUUGCAUUGUGUGCUCUAUACAUUUGUCACAGUUGGUGUUUCAGGGUUUUUUUCCCAGUCUAGAAUAAAACAGCAGAAAAUAACAACCUGGUUGCAGUGAAAGAUGCAACAUCUUUUUGUAAAUGGGCUAAAACUUGCAAAAUCAGAGGUAUGGUCCAAUAAGUCACUGUCCUCUUUCUGUCUGUCAUCAGUACUAGUGUGGAUUUUAACCUCUUUUUUAAAUAUAUAUCACAACAGUGUUAUAUUUUGGAGCCUUGUGCAUCAAGACUAGCUAGAAAUAAGAGUCAUAUGUUUCAAGAAGAAGGCUGGCAAGGCAUGUUUUUAAAAAAAUGGAAUUUAUUGACAAUAACAAAAAAAAAAGAAUUUGGAUACACUGUACACAUGUAAUGAUGUAUUUCUUAGACUCUUUAUGAACAUCAGAGAAACCCUGUCUCACUCUCAGCUCAUCACGUACUGCCUGUUAUUAACUAUUAGCAGCUUGGGAGCUAAUAACCUCAGUUUCAUAGUGUCAUCAGAAGGUGGCGCUGUAGACUACAUUACACUUGGCUGUGAUAAACAGAAUAGGAGGAGCUGGAAACAAAACCGGUUGUUAGUCAACCACUAAAAUAACCUCAAGGCGCUUUUCCACUAGCACCUACUCAGUUCGACUCGGCCCGACUCGGUUUAGGUUGUUUUCCAUUACAACUGAGUACCACCUCAUCGUGGGUGGAGUCGUCAUAGCACGGCGGCCCGGCCAUGGAGUUAGUGUUGGUAGCAAGCUUGUUGUCUGCAUACGGGAGACAACGACGUUACUUUCAAAAUAUACGUGUUUGUUUAAAGUGAGCUUGCCACCAAUGGGAUAAGUAAUGUAAAAAUUUCUUGAAGUCACAAAACACUCACUGGUUUUCGUGAAGGAGUCGUGUGUCGUCACUCCCUGUCCAAUCAGUGGCCUGCACUCUGUAGACGUCACAUUAUCAGCUGGACUCAGCUCGCUUGGAACCCCGGCGGAGUAGGUACUAAAAUAGUAGCUGGUACCAGGUGCUACGUCCUAAUGGAAAACAUCACAAACCGAGUAAAGUCGAGCCGAGCAGGUGCUAGUGGAAAAGCACCAUAAGAGACUCAGAAGAAACAAACAAAACGUGACAGACAUAUUCUUUCAGAUUAGCUGAUAAUCAGGUUUCAUGCUGUGCAGAGACAAAGACAACAAAAGGUAAAUGUUCACAAUGUCCAAACCUAUUCAGGAAAUCUGUUUCUAUCUCACAUGAAAUGUAUGAACUCUUUCAAAAAAGUUGAAAACCACUUUCACUUUUUUUUUUGUAAAAUUGAAGAUCUUUUUUUUAAAAAAAUUGCAUGUAAAGACAUUUUUAAAAGUAAAGCAGCAGUAUGUGAUGCCCUGCUAAUGAGAACAGGUUGAGUCGGAUAACAAUAAUACAGAUUUUGUAUUUCUUAUCGCCAUAUCUUAGCUGAUAUACUGUGACUCCAAUCACAGCUUCACCUCCAUUUCUUUAUGAUCGCCAAUAACACACAAAAAAACUGACAGUAUUACCCCCCCAAAAAAAUAUUUACCACUAAUAUCUACUCUCUAACUACAUAUCAAACCAAUUGUGAAAAGCUGAAUUAAUAAAAAACUAUUGCUUCCUGCAGCUCUGCCUGCUUGACCUAAAACUGAAGGCUAAAUGGCUAUAUGGCGCCCCCUGCUGACAGUUUUGUUUACAACAUUUAUCAAACAGGGUCCUCAUAAAUUCAAAUAAUUAUCAGCAGAAUAUGUCAAACUUCUCCUGUUAUCUGCUGAACUUUAGUCCUGCUGCUUGCAAUAAAGCGAUUUGAACUAGUUUCACCGUUAACACGUCUGCUUUAUAGCGUAGAGUUAGAGUUGAAAUCAAUCAUUAAUUUAUACUGUAGCAGCAAUAGUGUGAAGACAGCGAGUUCACGUUCAGAUUUUGAUGAAGUCGAAAGAUGUAUAUAAAUAUAUAUAAAUAUGUGUGUUUUUGUUGUUGUCCAGAUGUUGUUUUUUUUACUCCGUAGAUGUAGGUUUUGUACGAAGCACACUAAAUGACCGAGGUUUUUCUCUCACCACGCUUUGAUUGAGUCCUAGUCGCCGAGCUCUGCCUGUAAAGACGAGUGUUAGUGUUUCUGCUGUCCGAUUCUGAUGUUUUCUGUUAAAACAAAACUUGAGCUUCUGAGGAAACAGAAGGUUUGUACUGACUGACUGGUGCUCACUGAAUAAAAUGUCUUAUUUUGUG